AUGGAUGGUUUCAGUACCGCCUCCAGCGCCUCCGGUGGGAGGUUUAUCACUCUGUUGCCUUCCACUACUUCCCGCAAGAAGGAGAAUAAUUGGUGCUUGCCUGGCCGCCGGUCGCGUUCCUCUCUGGUCUGCCUCGCCAAUCGAGAUGGUGGCGGCAAGCCGGAGUUUGACAAGUGGGACCAGAUGGAGCUCAAGUUCGGGAGACUUCUCGGGGAGGACCCGAAGCUGACCCUCGCGAAGGUAAGGGGUAUCGAAACUGUUUCAGUCCACAAACCUUGUGGAAGGCUGUCGUGAGGAUUUUGAUCUAUCGUCUAUGCAUACCUUUGUUUCCAUCGUCAGUGUAUCUUUUCGUGGGGCUCUCGCUCGAUGCCGAUGACUGGACGACGCGUCUCACGGAAUGCGGUUUGUGCAGAUAAUGGGGAGGAAAGCUAAUCCGGACGCCUCUUACUUGGAAAUCGAAAAAUCGUUUCUCAAGAAAAAAGGUCAAAUAGAUUACGGGGAAGAGCUUACCAGUGAUGCUGCUGGUGCAAAGUUCAAAGCAACAGGGGAGUCACCUCGUUCUCCAUCAAGUUUGCCAGCCCCUACGCCUCCCAGGAGAUCUGUUGAUGAUAACAGAUUGAAUUUGCUGCGCCCAGCUAUGGAUAAGAAGAUGAAAGCCGCUAAAGCUAGUGAGAAGCCUAUUCCAGCAUCCUUGCCGCAAUCAAGCAAGCCAGUAGAGAGAACUGCCAAUAAGGAUGACACAUCCAAGGUCACGCUGCGGAAGCCAGCUCCCCUGCAAGGAGAUGACAUUGAGCUUGAGAAGCCGUCAAAAUUCAGGAUCAAACCAAACCUGGCAUUGACAAUGAAGAAGGGCCCAAGCGACAGUUUGAGUGAUGUAACUUUGUUGAAGAAGCCUGAGGUCGUGAAGAUUUCCCCGAUUCCUCCUGACCAAGGUGGAUUGCCUCCUAGUGAUUCUUUUAGAUCAAGUUCAAAUGAGGCGGCCACAAAUGUCGAUACUUUUCUCUCAAGCCCAACUUCGGCACCAAAGCCUUCAAUGCCAGCAAAAAAUGAUGCGGUGGAAUCUGCACCGGAGUCCCUGAAUUUUUCUGACGGAACUGCUACUGUAGGCAUGAUAGAUGACGAAGAUGUUAACGUACAAUUGUCCCCUGAAGGUGAUGAUGCUUCAGACAUAGGUAAUGGGCAGUUUAUUACCUGAAUUCCUUUGCUUGGGGGUGAAAAUCGUUUGCAUAAUUAUGAUUUACUCUUUCAACAGUUGGGUGUUAUAACUGAUGCGGAAUAAACACCCCUCUCAUAAUUUACAGGGCUAACCUCAGGCGUGAAUGAUGAAAGUGCUGCUCCACAAGUCGCUCUACAUGGGAAACCGCAGAGGUCCUCAUUACACUUCUUCUUGUGUACUUUAGUCCCAUCGAUGUCUUUAUUGAGUUAUGUUUUAGUACAUAUUAAUUUCAUCUUCAUUUUUAAGGUUGAGUCACUCAGUAUCACAGUAGGACUUAUAAAAUUAAAUUUUGAGUUGGGUUUUGCACUGAUUUAGGUGCGCCGGAAAGUGGGUUAUAUUUCCGUGAGACCAUGGUCAGGUUCUAAUAAUUGAUUCCAUCGGGAGGUUUCAACUAUGUAAUCUGACUGUAACCUAAUGCGAAUUGAGUGUCAGAGUAUCAAGAACGGAUCUGAUUUGUAUGAGUUCUCAAAGCCUAAUCAUCACUCACGUGAUUACCACUAUUCCCUCUGGAUAUAUCAAUUUUGAUUGUGAUUCCACAUUUUCUCUAUUAACCGACAAUUCUCUCACCUUCUUUAUCUUCAUUUUUUCAUGAGAUAGAUUUUAAUUGCAAAUUAUUCGCUUCAGUUACUUCUGACUACUUCGUUUUGAACGCGGAUGACAAACUCUGUGCUUUUGGAUGACAAACUGUGAUGCCUGGUAGUUUCCUUGAUAGUGAGAUAUGAGGGUUUAUCUAGAAAAAGGAGAAACCUACGCUCAGGGUUAAUUAUAGGAUCCCUUUUUUUAGGUUUCUUCAUCCAUCUCACCCUAUAUUUUUUUUUUCGCUUCCUUCUAUUUCAAAAAAAGAAUAAGCAUAGAUAAUGUGAGUAUUUUGUUGAAUCCUUGAUAUUCUAUAAAUCUCAAUUAAUGGAACUUUUCUGCCAAGUUAAUAUUCAUUGCUUAUCUUCUAGCUGCUUAUGAAGUUUCGUUAUUUUAGGUUGGAUCCCCCUGUGAAAGAAACGUCUGAUCUUGUUAAAGCAGACCCUGUGAAUUUGGAUUAUAAAGACCAUGAUGUCGCUGAUAUUGAACCCUUGCCAUCUGUGAAACAAGAGGUAAGCACAGCUGUAGCCUGCAUGAAGUAUUGUUGAUAAUUUCUGCUCGUGAGAAUUUUACAAAGACAAGAGAAUGCUGAUACUGGAUAUAUAUAUAUAUAUAUAUAUAUAUAUAUAUAUAUAUAUAUAUAUUCUACUAUGAGCUGAUAGGCACAUGAAGUGUACGAUUGGAGAAGAGCAGAAGACUUGCUUCAAACAGGAGAAAGAACAGAGGUGGAGCUCAUCAGCUGUAGUAGCAGAGGUUUUGUUGUGAGUUCGUCACUGAAGCCUAUCUACUAUUAUAUUCCUCACAUCCAUUCCAUUUUAUUUAUUAACUAAAAUUUUCUAUUUCUGAAGGUAUCAUUUGGGUCGUUGAUAGGCUUCCUGCCUUAUCGAAAUAUUGGUGCUAAAUGGAAAUUUUUAGCUUUUGAAUCAUGGUUGCGGAAAAAAGGGCUUGACCCUUCCCUGUAUCGUCAGAAAUUGAGUAUCAUGGGAAGUUACGAAGUCCAGAAGAAGAGUUUUGUGGAGUCGAAUGAUAAUUUGAUGGAAGGAUAUAGAGAGACUGACAAAUUGACACCAGAUAUGAAAUUUGAAGAACUCCUUGACAUCUAUGACCAAGAAAAAAUCAAAUUUCUUUCAUCCUUUAUUGGUCAGGUUGGACAAUUUUUCCAUCGUUUGGAUCAUUUUUGGGUGGAAAAUUGGAGUGUUCUCCGUUGAAUUCUAUAUCGAUCUUGCCUUGAUUUUUGUUACAGGUAAUUAGGGUUUCUGUGGUUCUCGUCGAUCAAAAGUCAAGGAAGUUAAUAUUUUCUGGAAGACCCAAAGAAAAGGAGGAAAUGGUGGAAAGAAAGAGAAGCCUCAUGGUAUGUCAGUGGCCUGAUAGCCUGGUUCCAAAGAACUUUCCUAACUGUAUGUUUGCAUGUUUGGGAAGAAACUCCUGCUCACGUAUUACAUCGUCUAGGUGGCAUUUCCGUCUAGGGUAUUACUGUCGUUGAUGGCAUAAAAUGAUAAUCUGAUUCCUCUCUUUCAAUAAAAUUCAUCUUAUUUAUAUCUAAGAUAUUAAUAUUAUUUAUUUAAAGGCUAUGCUUCCGUUGGAUAUUCCCAUCGUAUUACAUCGUCUAGGUGGCAUUUCCGUCUAGGGUAUUACUGUCGUUGGAGGCGUAUUCUUUUAUCAUGGCUAAGAACCAUGUCAGAUAGUUAAAAAUAUGAGAGAAAGAUAUGGUAACUCUUAUUUAAUAUUUAGGAGAAUAUUCAGUAUGCUUCGUUUGUGUAGGGAAUAGCAAUGCGUUGGUUUUUUAUUUUGUGUUUACUAAGAAUCGAUGCUUUGCAUACAUAGGAUCCAUCAAUCCAUGUAAGCAAUUCAAUGUGUAUUAUGUCUUCCUCUAGAACCUUUUACUGUACAUUUAUGAACAGAGCAUCCAGCCUGAUUUUAAGAAUAUAAUAUAGCACAGCUUUAGUGCCUCUCUCUUUGAUAAUACAGGCAAAGCUUAGUAUUGGGGAUGUGGUGAAAUGUUGCGUUAAGAAGAUAACUUACUUCGGUAUAUUUGUUGAGGUAUCUAAGAUCGGUCUAUCUUCCUCGCUUUCAUCUGCUUUCACGAGAAGAUUUUUCGCAUCUUUUAACUGAAUUGUUUUCUUAGGUCGAAGGUGUGCCAGCUUUGAUCCACCAAUCUGAAAUAUCAUGGGAUGGAACUUUAGAUCCGUCAUCCUUCUUCCAAAUCGGCGAGGUAAAUUGUGUUACUGUUGUAAUAAUGUUGCCUGGCUCCUACUGUGGGAAGGACUGUUUAUAUUUUUGGGCUUCCAUUCUGCAGCUGUAGUCAAUGAUCAUUAGUUAUUUAUGCAACCUGUGUAAAUUUUACGAAGUAUCUUUAUUUCUCAGAUUGUGGACGCCAAAGUACACCAGCUGGAUUAUGCUCUUGAGCGUAUUACAUUGACACUUAAAGAAAUAAUGGUAAUUAAAUAUCACUUUUUUUUUUGUCUUACACAUUCGAUAUUCAUAACUUUGCUCAACUUUGUGCAUCUUAUGACAGCCAGAUCCGCUAAAUGAGGCUUUGGAGUCUGUUGUUGGUGAUCACACUUCUUUAGGUGGGGCGGUCGAAAUAGAACAAGAAGAAGCAGAGGUAAAUUCAAACCAGAUAACCUUGAAUAGCCAUAAGACCUCAUUUAGUUCAUCACUCUCUCACUGGAUCAAUCCCUUCCAUCUCCCAACGCAUCUACUUUGUGGCAUUGCCUACUUUCAGGCAUCAAGCAUAUUAAGGAUGUAAUGUCUUCUAUCAUAACAGGAAAACAGUACAAAACAAAUGAAGGAAAUUGUCAUCUUUUAAAUAUAAUAACAUAUCAUCUCCGUUCCAUCAGCUUGGGUUUGGUAAAUGAGGUUUGAAGCAAAAUAUUUUUCAUCGUCUCCCCUCUUUCUUGCUGGUAACUAUAAUCAUCAAUGGAAAGAACGAAUCUUUCAGCUAUUUUGCUUGAUUGAAGGUCAUUAGCUCAGAAACAGAGAUAGAAUUACAGAAAUAUAGGGGUGUUGAUCAUUAAUGAACCUGAAAUUCCUAGAGGCAUACCAUCAGCAUGACUUCCUUGACCAAUAGGGUAGAUCAAGAAAACAGCAGUAGCAGCUGCUAUAGGUGCUGAAUAUGAAAUAACUCCGAGUGAGGCCGUUUGAACCUGGUGAUCGACUGAUUCCAGCCCAUAUUUUCUUUUUCUAAAAUUCAGAUGAAAUAAAAUGCCUUUUCAAUUUACAAAUUUUCUUUCAUUUUUUUGGGGUGGGGUGGUGUGGUAUGGGGGAGGUUUAUUGACGUGAGGAGUACAUAUCACAAUGUCCCGUUCCAACUUAAGAAUUUCAAAUAUCGUACAGUUGAUCAAUUUUUUCAUCUCUUGUCCUACCUAAUCGUUGUACGGCUGAUCUUUUAUUAGGCUAACAAGUUAUACCUGGCCUUAACGUUUGCUUAUGUUUAUCGAGGAGAAAGAUGCUUCUUUGAAACUGCAUCCCUGUUUGGCUGAAUGAUGUUACUCGUACACCUGUCCUUGACAUUGCCAUGUAUUUGCUGACAUCCCUUCUCGAGGAGAAAGAUGUUUCUUAAAAUCGACAUGAACAUGCAUUAUUUACACCGUAUUCUGCUCGUAUUGCUGAGAAGAUGAAGGCUCUUUCUGUUUCCGAGCAUUCUAUUCCAUUCUGGACUCAUUACAUGCAUGUCUUUUGUUUCUCGAACCCUUUUCCUUACUACUCAAGGUUUACGUAAUGCAGUGGGCCGACGUUGAAUCACUGAUUGAAGAACUAGAGAAAAUCGAUGGAGUGGUCGGUGUAUCAAAAGGUCGUUUUUUCUUGAGCCCAGGGCUGACUCCGACAUUUCAGGUUUGACCUAAAAAACCCAAGUACAAACAUUCUAUGCUCUCUUGGUUUCUAUUUCAAGUGAAUGUUGGUUCCAGGCGUUCUCCUCUCAAACUGUAAAAAUUUCCAACUUUGGUAUGCUGGAUCAUAUAAUAUAUGCCAAGGAAGUUCCAAUCAGGGUUUUCAUUUUCAUAAAAUAUGCCGAGGAGACAGAUGAAGUUCAAACUACAAUGAUUAUCGAUGGCUUAAAAACCAGUGCCCAGCAAAUUCCCAACUGUUUCUUUCCAAUAGUUUUCAUAUCCGCCUGGAGCAUUACCCAACAAGGCUCAUGAUUCAAAUGCUCCAGUUUCUCCUCUAAGAUACCCAAAACUAACUUCGGUUCCCAUUCAUGCGGCUGAGCUUGCUGCAGCAGAUCCUAAUCAGGAUCCCCCACCUCUGUUGAUGAGGCUGGGAGAGUUCUUCUCCCUCGCGCAUCUACAAAAUAUUUAGAUGCAUACACUAAUAUGAGCUUGAUUUAUUCUCCUUUCGUUGACAUCUGAAUGCUCUAUCUUGUUCACUAGAUUUUAAUGUCAAUAUCGAUGGUUUCUCAUGGUACCCUUUGACUUAUUUGCAGGUCUACAUGGCCUCUAUGUACGACAAUCAGUACAAAUUACUCGCCCGCUAUGGAAACAAGGUUCAGGAGGUAUGCAUUUCCAAAAGUGUGAACAGAAAUUAUGAAUUCCGUCGCACAUUCUUAGAACUAGGGUGAUAAUCAAGAUGAUUGAUACCUUAUUAACAGAAUUUUUUGCCUCACAUGUUGAGAAAGAUGGAUGAGAAUUCACAGAGUUAUAUCCUCUCAUUAAUGUGGGGGUAAUAUACUAAAACUGUUAUCUACCUGAACUCGAAUCUAAAAAUCAUAGGAUCAUCGACAGUGACCGAAAAAAUACAAGUAUUUCUCAGCCAUCUUUUGUCCCUCACGUUCAGGAACCCUAAAGUCAUCCGUGCAUCCAUGCCUUCCAAGCACUCCCCGCUGAUUUACUAUGAGAGGGAGGGCUCUGAGUGGCCACUAAUGCCCUCCUCCUCUUUUUGGUUCAGGUCCUGGUGCAGUCUUCAAUGGACAAGGAGCAGAUGAAGGCCGCCAUCUUGGCUUGUACAAACAGGGUGGAGUGA